AUGGAAGAAUACAACGACGAGGCAACAUUUCAUGCUGAGAUUGAAGUACUGACGAAAAUCAGGCACCGAUGCAUCGUCAAGCUAUUUGGCUUUUGUUCCCAUUCCCAGUGCAAAUUCCUCGUGUACGAUCUUAUCGAGAGGGGGAGUUUAUCUUCCAUUUUGCAUGAGCAAGAACUUUCAAAGGACCUGGAUUGGCCCAAGAGAGUUGAUGUCAUCACAGACGUAGCUCAAGCUCUCUCCUAUUUGCACCAUGAUUGCGAUGAUCCUAUUGUACACCGGGACAUAAAAAGCAGCAAUAUUCUUCUAGACCUCAAUUUUAAAGCUUACGUCUCAGACUUUGGUAUGGCGAGGAAGCUAAAAGCUGGUUACUCAAGCUGGAGCACUAUUUUUGCAGGCACAUGUGGCUACAUAGCCCCUGAGCUGUCAUCUACCAUGGUGUUUACUGAGAAGUGCGACGUGUACAGCUUCGGCGUGGUUGUGCUGGAAGUUCUGAUGGGAAAGCACCCAGUUCGGCAGCAGCGAGCAGAGGAGGGGCAGGACAGGAAGGUGACCAUGAUUCUUAGACAGAGAUUCUACUUCACUAGUUUCAGUAGUAACAAUAAAGACUGA